CAAAAAAACUUCAAAGAAUGAAAGUGUUGUUUCGUCGAUCAAGUCGUUUUCAUAUUUUAGGAAAGGAAAUUCUUGAAAUUAUCAGUUUAUAAUAUUAGUUUUCUGCAUAAUUUAACAGUGUAAAUAUUAAAAGUUAUCAAGUCGUUAUAUAAAAUGUAUAAUAACUGAAUAACAGAUGUCAAUAAAGACUGUUUUCGUAUGUGCAUUUUCAUACAAAAUGGCAGGAAAGACGAGAAAUUUGCAUUUUGAUAUAAGCUGAUGUGAAAUGUGAAUAAAUGAUAAAGACUAUGUUGUGUGAGUGGCGAGUGAUUUAAAUGCGGAAAUGUGGACAUAGUGUUUACGAUGGGUUCGCAGACGCUGGAAAUUUUGCGCCAAGGUGUUUGGGCAUCAUUGACAGGUGGCUGGUUUUAUGAUCCCCAUCAGAAUUUGUUCUGCAAUACUGUUCAUUUGUAUAUCUGGCUGUUCCUAUUAUGUCUCCCAUUUUCUGUUUACCUGUAUUUCCCCCCAGCGAGUGUUGGUUGGAUAAUCUACUGUGCCCUAGUUGCCAUACUGUUUACAUGUCUCAAGCUUUUAAACCAUGGUCUGCAUCACAUGUACGAUACAAAGGAAUGUAUUGUGGUACAGCCGACUGGAGACCCAGCUAACCCUUAUGCUGGAUCUACGCAAGAAGAAGGUAUGGAAAUGAUGAGACUUGGGGUUGCUUUAGGCAGUGCGUUAGAGAAUGAUAAUGAGUCAGCCACAUCCCUGGAAUAUCAUAAGCCUAAUAAUAGUACUAUAGACCUAAAAGUCGAUGUUCAUCGUAAAAACAGUUCAGAAUCUAGCAUGGAAGAUAGUGCAAUGUCAUUGAAACCACCCGAAGCCGUCGCUAUGACUAAAUCAGAUCUCUGCGUCACACAAACCGAAACCCCGGGACCAUCUAAAGCACGACCUAACAAUAGAAUCCGAUGUGCUCAUAAAAGAGAACACAGGACCAAAACAAGGAGAACGCACGCAAAUAGAAUCGACGAACUUAUAGUUGAAGAAGCUUCUAGAAACCAAAUGUAUGUAAACAAUCACCCAGUACACGUGUUGUCUGAAGACGGAACGUUCGCUAAAGUCAGUCGAAGGUAUCACGAAUGCCCUCAUCGCCGUGGUUCAAACAGCAGAGAUUUAUUCAAAGAGUGGUUGUAUUUGGAUACCAGAGAGAACGGAGAUCCAUACAAUCAACAUGUAGCUCGCCAACUCAGCUCUGAUUCCAGAGACAAUUCAGAACCGAGUGUUGGACCACCUUCGCCCAAAAAACGUACUGCACAUCGUAGGAGAUAUAAUAAUUACCCCGAUGAGAGCUGUAGCAAAUCUGCUAUGGCUCUUGCGACCCAACCGAGUAAUAUGAGGCGAAAUUCCAAUUCUACAAUGUCCACAAUACAGUUGCCCCUUCUCAAUUCAACAGCACAAUUGGUAUCCCACAUGAGAAGGCAUUCAAAUAAUGCUGAUACUGGGUUUUUUGCUAGCGUUGAACUCGGAGAGUACAUGAUGGUUAAAGCUGAACCACCCGCAUGCGAAGCUGAAAAAAGUAAAGGCAAAAGUCCAGGUGUAAGACGAAUUAAAAGCGCGGCCUUAGAAAUAGGAUGUCCACCCCCUAGUGUUUCCAAUCUAUCUCCUCAUCCUAACAGUGCGGAAACUAUCGGCGGUCAAGUCCUCAAGAAUCCUAAAAAUGCUGUGAUACCCCCUCCUAGUAAAAGUUUAACUCGCGGCCCGCAUUUGAAUCUGUAUCCUAAAAAUGAAUCCGGUGAAGGAUGUAGUUACCCUUAUUUAACGUAUGGUUCGGAAAUCGUAUACCCGAUAGCUGAAAUAUCCGAUGAGAUGCAAACGUCGCAGAAGGAGACCGAUCUAGAUUCGAGUGGCGACAGUUACAGUGAUUACGAAGAUGAGAAGCAGUUCCGUGGAUUCGACUGGGACGCGGAGCAGUCGCCCGCCGCGCGCUCCAGCGACUCCGACUACGAGAACAACGGUUCACGAUCGCCUUUACUAGACCGAGCCACUGACGUUCGAAUAGUUCGCUCCAAACACCACGGCGAUAGCAAGAAACCUUGCUGCGAUAGACAUUCCAGUACCAAACAUAGCGCAGAAUGUCCAAACGAUAAAAUGAAACAUGUAAGACUGAAAAAGCUUUCUAAAAACGAACACUUCGAGAGUAAACGUCCCGAUAAACAAGCCGCCUGUGAAUGUAAAUAUAAUCCGAACGGCGAUUACUUCGAUAAGGCCAGCGCUAGUUCUAAAGACUUGCUAAUAGAGAAAUCUAGUUUAGAAUCGAACGAUAAUGCCGAACAAGAUAAGAAACCCGAGGAUAAAAAAGUCGCGGAGAAGAAACUUUGGGACCACGAUAUAUCUAAUUCUAGCAGUAGUAGUGAAAAUAAUUUAGACAAACUUCGAAUUGACAAUAAGUAUGAAAAAAACCCGGCGCCGGAGACCGAGGAGUCGCAGCUGACUUGUGACAGUAAAAGCGCAGACGAAAGGAGCGUCUAUAGUUUAGACUGGCUUUUUGAGGAGACGCCAGAGUCAACGCUGGCAUGUAAAGAGGAUGCGGCGUGUGCCGUUCAAGGGGACACUCAGAAAUGUGCCGCGCUAGGGGAAUCGUCCUCAAACGUCCCAAGAAACUUGGGAGCUAUACCAAAGCAGAUUAAGAAUUUAGCUCGAUCUCGAGCUUCGUCUCAAAAAGAAAAUAAGAAACGAGACUCGAGAAGAGAGAGGGAAGAUAGUCAGAACGAAGAUCGCAUUCUACUCGACGCAGUUGAGGCACAAGCGGCACUCGUACAGGGUCUGGAAUGUUUGUUCGCCGCCACCAACGCGAACACGGUGGUAAUGCCCGCGCCCAGCAGGGAGGAUAGAUCUCGAAGUCAUCGCCAAAGUAUACGAGGGGAGAGGGAAAGUGCCAAUAAAACGAGGAAGCGGUCCAUCGAGGAAGUCGCACAGACAUCGACCAACACCUUGCUGCCUACGUCGAUGCCAUUGCUAGCGGCCUUUCUUAACUCGAGGGUGGAUUUCAUACCCUGCUGUGCCAACGAAAAUCCACCCGCGGAGCUCGUGCAGUACUCCGAGGAAGGUCAAAGGCUCAGGCCAUUGAUGGACCGAAACCACAGAAACAGAGUGAGGAAAAUAAAACGUUCAACUCGGCAGCGCAACAACCCCGCAGUGCAAAAUAGUAGCGAGAAAAAGGAUAAGCCUCCAUCUACAGAAAAUCCUAACAGUUCAAGUAAUGUUCAUUUCGCGACCUCGUUCGAUGACACGAGCGACGGCGCCAUUCACAAGUUUAUGGACGAGUACGGCAACUGGAUGUCGUACACGUUCGAUAAGAACGCCAACGCGCCCAGCCUCAUGCCCUCCAUCGGCGAGGAAACCGUAGAUCUAAACAUUAGAAAUAAGUUCUCCAAACUCAUGGACGAGAUCGAGAAAGCGAAUCAACCGAAACCAAAGAGCUAUUAUAAAUUUAAAUUAUCAAAGUGCCUCGAAAUUAAAAUAACUAUGGAUAGGUUAAAAUUGUUGGCGUUGUUUGAUAGAAAUUUAACAUUUAGGGAGACAUUCGUGUCUAUAAUGUUGGCGAUAACGGUCGCCGUGCUCGGUUCGAUGGUGUUGAACCUCGGAUUCUACAAGGACAUCUACGCAUUCUGGUUCUGUUUCAUAAUGGCGGGCAGCCAGUAUUCGUUGCUGAAGAGUGUGCAGCCUGACUCCGCAUCGCCUGUGCACGGCUUCAACAAAAUGGUCGUGUUCUCUCGACCUGUCUACUUUUGCAUAUGUACAGCGAUACUGUGCGGCGUGCACAAUCAACUGGAGCAAAUAACACCUGCAGAUGAAAAUUUUAGAAGUAGACGGAGUAUUGACGAUAUAAAACCGUUAACCGUCUACGGAUUUGAAUUCCAUGAGCGUGAUUUUUUAUACGUAAUUCAGGAGAUUAUUUCAAAGUUUUUAUUAUUUUUUCCUUUGGCUUUUAGUUUGGGCCUUUUUCCGCAAGUUAACACGUUCCUAAUGUACUUGUUGGAACAAAUAGAUAUGCACGUAUUUGGAGGCAAUGCAACCAGUAGUUUGAGUGCGGCGUUGUACUGCGUGGUGCGGUCUCUGGCGGCCGUGGGAGUGCUGUACGGGUUCGCGUACAGCGGCCUUAUCGAGGGGAAGAAAUCACAGCACCAAAAGCACAACAUCCUCUUCUCAAUUUUCUGUGGUCUACUCGUACCCAUCGCGUACCACCUUAGUCGCAGCGCUAGUGAUUAUACCCUGAUAUGGAAUCUAAUAAAGAAGCACCUCCUCCCGCCGGAGCUCUACGUUAUCCAGAACCCAGAUUGUACUCCUGAAUUGGAAAAGACUGAACCCAACCCAUUAAGCGAAGACAAAAAGAACGAUUCAGAAAGUAAUAUCUCGAAACAGAACUCGAUAGGAAGUUCCGCUUCGAAGAUCAACUUUAGCUCGGAGACGAAUAUAGCCAAGUCGCAAAAGAGAUCGCAGGCAUCUAGUGUUAGUUCACUGAAGAUGGAUCCUAAAGGAGACGUGAAUUCGACAAACUCACUUAAACUCGAUCCUCCGACUGAGACUGAAGAUAAAAGUAGAGAUACAACUACAAAUAAUUCAACUGCGAAUAAGCAGGACAUACCCGAUAAGACAGACGAAGACAUGGAGGAUCCGCUACCGGGGAAACUGCAAGCCACGGUGAAUGCCAGGCUAAAGAAUGACGUCAUCGUGUGCACUUUCCUCGGGUUGUGCGUGUUUGGUCUGCACUGCACUACAGUCUUCACAACGUUGCGGCCUCAAUUGAACACGGUGUUGUGGAUAAUAGCCGGUUGUUUGGGCUGGAUGCUCCACUACGUGAGCAGCGCCAUAUUCAUGACGUCAUACGUGCGACCUGUUAAAUUCUGGGAACGCGACUACAACACAAAGAGGGUAGACCAAAGUAAUACUCGACUAUCCUCGCAACUUGAAAGGAAUUUAGGUGCAGAUGACAACAACCUGAACUCCAUCUUCUACGAGCACCUGACGCGGUCGUUGCAGCACUACCUGUGCGGGGACCUGCAGCUGGGCCGCUGGGGACAGGUGCAGCAGGGGGACUGCUUUGUACUGGCCUCCGACUACCUGAACUGCCUCGUGCAUAUAGUAGAAGUAGGCAACGGGCUAGUCUCCUUUCAGCUGCGAGGUCUGGAGUUCAGAGGCACGUACUGCCAGCAGAGGGAGGUGGAGGCCAUCUCUGAGGGCCCUGAGGAGAGCAGUGAGGGCGUGUGCGGUCGCUGGUGGUGCGGCGGGCGCGUGCUGGCGCCGGGCGCGUGCUGGGCGCUGCGCUGGCUGGCGUGGCAGCUGGCGGCGGCGCGCUACGUGCUGGAGGGCUACUCCGUCAGCGACAACAGCGCGGUCUCCAUGCUGCAGGUCUUUGACUUCAGGAAGGUUCUACUUACUUAUUAUGUUAAGAGUAUAAUCUACUACACGAUCCAGUCCAGUAAGCUGGAGGAGUGGCUGUCUUCGCCCACCAUCGCGGAGGCCCUCAAGCCAAUGAGCGAGCGGUCAUUUGUGGACCUUGACCCUAUAUUUAAUGUCAAUCUGGAUGAGGACUAUGAUUUUAGAGCUUCCGGAAUUACUAGAUUUCAAAAUAUUCGGACAAAUCCUGACAAAACAUUUGACCACUUCAUGUUCCCCGAGGAGUACUGCAGCGCGGGCGCGCUGUACGCCGCCAUCUCCUCGCACGCGCAGCGCCUCGUCAUCUGCCACGAGGCCGCGCCCGCCUGGCGACACAACGUGCUGCGCGGCGCCCCCCACCUGCUUGCGCUGCGUCACGUGAUGGACGAAGGCAACGACGACUACAAGAUAAUAAUGCUGAACAAGCGUUUCCUGGGUUUCCGCGUCAUCAAGCUGAACCGCGAGUGCGUGCGCGGGCUGUGGGCCGGCCAGCAGCAGGAGCUGGUCUACCUGCGCAACCGCAACCCCGAGCGCGGCUCCAUACAGAACGCUAAACAGGCGCUGCGUAACAUAAUAAACUCAUCAUGCGAUCAACCAAUCGGGUAUCCUAUCUACGUGUCGCCGCUGACCACCUCGUACGCGGACAGCUCGCCGCAGCUGCGCACGCUGCUCGGCGGACCCGUGUCUGUCGCUGGCCUGCGACGACGCCUCGCUGACCUCUGGACACGAGUGCGUCGUCGUUGCGGCGAGGGCUGCUCCACUUACGGCAGUCAGGACAGCACGGAGGCGCGGCGGCGCAGCGAGGAGCGCGGCGGCCGCAGGGAGAGGAACAUGCGCGCGCGCAGCCAGGGUUCCAACAGUUGGGAGUGUAGCUGGCGCGAACCGCCGCGACGUGCUGCCAGCGCCAAGGUGUCGAGCAGCCAGUACGGCAGCGCGGAGUCCUCGCUGGAGGAGCUGGCUCUGGGUGGAGCGGACACCGCGCCCGCGGACUGCCGGCCCGCCAGGGGGCGCCACGAACACAUCGCCAGAUAUUUCCUAAACGAGGGUACAUCUAAAGAUCUGUCUAAAUUGAGCAAAGAGAUCAGACACGAGCGUGAGAGUUACCGCGAGCUGACGGGGCGGUAUAUAGAGAAAUCGGAAGCUAUACCGUUAAAAGAAACGCAUUACUCGGACUUAUCUAAUAAAGAAUCUAUACUAAAGAAGGAAACGAAAAAGGACUCAAAGGCUAAGGAGAUAAAGACUAAAAUCAAACGAUCUGAUUCUGGUCGCAGUGAGUUGAAGAUGAACGUGAGUGUGGGCAGCAAGGUGCUGCUGGUGGAGCCGCUGGGGGUCUACGAUUGCAUCAACUUGGGGAGGAGGAUCGAUGUGCAGUGGCCCUCGGAGGCGCAGAGGGAGAGGGGUGGGAGGAACUUCUGGGGCAGUUGGGUUCCUUUGGCGGGGAUGGACGGACUGGUUGUGCACAAAUGGACCCCCAACCAUAGGGACCCCAAGCUGAGGUCUCACGUCGACAAAACUAUACUCCUCGUACAAAUUGACGAUAAGUUUGUGCCUAUAGCUGAGAACUGCGUACAGGACCUCGGAGAUGAAGUUUGAACCAUAUCUGUAUGAGAAUAAGGUUCGAAAUGGAUUAACUCAUGGAAUUACUAAAUAGACCAGUCAUUGUAUAGAAAUGGUGGUAAUAGUGUGAUAUGUCUUAAACCUAUAAGACUGUGUUUGGAUUUACUAGAACAAAUUCUUCGAUUCUUGCCUAAUUUGGAAUAAUCGAUUCCUAACAGUGUAGUAUUUUUGGUAUAAAAAAACUUAUACCGACAAAGACUGUUUACUGUCACCGGCAAUGACUGUCAUACUGUCAGUGUCAAGUGUAAAAAACUUUGCUGUACUGUAACUGUUGUGUUUUUUUCUUUUUUUGAAUUUUUUCUGCCUUAAAAUCUAGUUUGACCAUAUUUUUUUUGUUCAAAAUAAUAACUUCUAAUGAGUUCAGUAAAACAGUAAUCAAAUGUAAUUUCUGUUUUUUUUUUUAAGAAAAAAACAUAGACAAAAAAUACUACACUGAUGUUGACUAACCUAAAAUUACUUUGUUUAGAUAAAUUUAAUUAUAAAUGCACUAAUUUAUAUGUAAAAAUCUUUAAUAUACGUUAAAUGUUUAGUUUGCAAUUCCCGAUAUGUAUAUAAAAGCUUGUUUGUGUGUUGUAGCGCCUUGUAUAUAAUAAUGUAUAUAUUGUAAAAACCGUGUACACUUCACUAGCGUAAGUAGAAUACUUUUUUAUUUUUUGUUAUUUUUUUAUUAGUUUUUUCGUGUCUAGUAAAAUUAUCGCUCCCAAAAAAUACUUAGUCCCCCUCCGACACCAAAAAGCCGCGAUUUGUAAAUUUAUCUCUUGUAUUUAUGGAAAACAUAGAAUAAAAAUUAUUAAAGCUGAGUGCACACGGUUGUAGAUUUGAAAACAUGAAAAAAAAUUAAAGCCAACUUCCCCCCAAUUUUAUACACGUGAAUUUUAUUUAAUCUUGUCUUACCAAAUCAAAACUAUUACAUAACAUAAAAAAAUAUUUUGUGACCACUAUAUGACGAAAAAUAUAGUUUUUUUUAGAAUCUUAAUUUAUAUGACAAAAAUUGUCAUUCUCAUUAAUGUCCAAGACGAAAAAAAUACAAAAAACUGUCAAUACAACUAAAAAAAAACUUGUUUUUAAAUAUACUACACUCGUGUGCACUGCAACAAAUGUAAUUGUUAUUUGUUACAUAAUCGUGUAUAAUAUACAUUUAUAUGUGCGUUGGGUCGUGCGUUGAGUUUUGAAAAUUUACUCAAAUUAUUCAUAUGUUGAUCAUUCGCGAAUGAAUAGAACGAAUCAUAAAUCAAGUGAACUAAACUAUAUACAAUCUUUUUAAUUUCCGCUCUAAUGUAGAUUUUUUAAUCUUUCAAAAUCAAAGACAUUUAAAUCAUGUUAUUUUUUUGUCACAAUAUCCACUGCCUAUUUUACUUUAGAUUUUUUAAUACUCAGUCACCGUUAAGUAAUUUUUUUUCUUUAAUAUCACCAAUUUAUUUAAAACAACAUAUAACAGGAUUUACUAUCUGUGUAAAAAAUUAAUUGUGCAUAUUUAUGGUAGAAAAUUUCAAGGUUAUAAAAAACUCAUAACUCAAAAAAGGAUUUUUUUAUAUCAAAAGCAUAGAUGUAUAAUCUAUAGAUAUGUAAUCUUUAGCCAGAAGAGGCUUUUUGUAGAGUUAAUUCCCUCAACAUUUGUUUUAAUACAAGAAUGACAUUUCGAAAUUGACUUGGACGUCAAAAUUGUUUGAAAAACGUCAUCUCUAAAUUAUACAUCUGUGGUGAUUUUUUUUUCUAUAAUUCCAUUGCAGGGCGUUUUCUAAUUUACGUUUUCAUUAACCAUUAAAUCGACGGAGAUUUUUGUAGAAAAAAAAAUAUUGUGUUACCAACACACUAAAAUCUCAUGUAUUUUUAUCUGAACUAGUUCUGUAGAUUUUUUUUUAAUUAGUGUUCUGUCACACUGGACAUUAUCGAAUUAAGAGUUAAUGAAGAAAAAAUUGGUUAUGAAUUAACGCAUCAAAGGACCAUACAGUUUUACUGCAUUUUAAUGUUAAUGUUGAAACUUAGAUAAAAAUGUUCAUAGACAAUCUUUUCUAAAAUUGCAGUGUACUUAAAGAAUUGUUAAAAAAUAAAUUUAUUCGAAAUAAUGUUGGUAAAAAAAAAGCAAAAAAUUUACAUGAAUUCUGAAAAAAAUUUGAUUGUUUUUCUUUGCAAUCACGAUAGCAUUUUAAUUUUGCUUUCUCUUAAUUAUGUUUAUUGUCGAGCAAUCUUCCAUUAUCGACAUUAAAUAAAUGUAAUGGUAGAAAUUUGUAGGAAGGCACAAUCCGUCCACAAAAUGUGUUUUCUCGCGGCUUCGCGGCUUGCGACCGAAUAUUAAAUGUUUGUAUGCAAAUUUCUAACCUAAACAACAAAGUUGAAUAUGAAUGUAUGGUCGAAUAUUCUAGAACAAAUAUUUCCAUAGAUUAACGUGCGAUCGAUAGAAAAUAACUGGCGUUACGCAAAUUUGUAUUCAGAAACGAAUUGUUUCUUUUAUAAAUUGGAGAAAUAAAGCACAAAAUCAAUAUCGCCAGUUUUUCUUCGACGUUGCGUUGAAUUAAACUCGAUGUUCCCGCGCACGAUGUUUGGUUUGUGCGCCAUCUCGCGGCACAUUUCUGUUACUUGUGAAUAUCAAGCUAUCCUGAAAUAAAACGGUACUUGGAAAA